UACCUUCAGAAAUCGGCUACUUAACAUCUCUUCGGGAGUUAUAUGUUGGUGGUAACAAUUUGAAUGGUAUGGUUCAAGUUCUUAUCACAUAAAUUUGUGUAAAUAAGAUUUUAUUAGUUUCAUGACACUUUUUUUGCCAGGAAUACUACCACAUGAGAUUGGCCAUCUUCAGAGUCUGGUUACGUUUGGUGCUGAACGAAAUGAGAUUGCGGGCUCAAUUGAUUUCAAUAUUUUCAUGAAUAUGUCUUCUCUGCAAAACAUAAAUCUAGGGCGCAACAAAUUCACGGGGAACCUUUCAAGGGAUGUCGGGAAUAUUACCAUGCUAGCAUAUUUGGAUCUCUCGGAAAGCCAUUUUACAGGGCUUAUUCCCACUGAAUUUGGCCAACUUUACCAUUUGGAGACAUUACAAUUAAACUUUAACAGCUUGAGUGGUUCGAUUCCACAUGAGCUCUUUAACAUUUCAACUCUUCGGAUUCUUUCACUUACUGCCAAUGCUCUGUCAGGGGUUCUUCCAACCCAUUUAUGCCAUGCCUCUCCCUCUCUCGAAGAAGUUUAUCUUGGCGGAAAUUCUAUCACCGGAGCAAUACCCAACUCCAUCUCUAACUAUUCUCAACUCACAAUUCUCGCACUUCAUGUAAACAAAUUAAGUGGUUAUAUACCUACUCAUCUCGGCAACCUAAAAAAUCUCCAACGUCUUACUCUGUUCAGCAACAAUCUUACCCAGGCACCAUCUUCUUCCUUCAUUACUUCAUUGACAAAUUGCAAGUCUCUAACAACUUUGUCAAUUGCUGAUAAUCCUCUAAAUGGUGUCAUUCCAGCUUCUUUCGGGAACUUAUCUUCCACACUUCAAACAUUCACUGCCGGCAACUGCAAAUUCAGUGGCAUCAUUCCUGUUGAAAUAGGCAAUCUAAGCAAUAUGAUGGUAUUAGAUUUAUUUGGGAAUGAGUUAUUUGGUAAUAUUCCACUAACUAUAAGCCAUUUACAUGAACUUCAAGGAUUAUAUCUGUAUAAUAACAUGUUGGGAGGUUCAAUACCACAUGCUAUAUGUGAUCUAUUCCGCCUCGACACUUUAGAUAUGAGCCAGAAUCAAUUUUCAGGCCCAAUUCCUAAAUGUCUGGAAAAUGUCUCUUCUAUAAGAAUUCUUCAUCUAGGCUCCAACAUGUUGAAUUCAAGCAUACCUUCAAGCUUAUGGGGCCUAAAAGAUUUGAACUCUCUAGACUUGUCCUCAAAUUCAUUAAAUGGGUUCUUACCACAAGAGAUAAGUAGCUUAGGAGCAGCAAUAUAUAUAAACCUAUCGAUGAAUCAGUUGUCAGGGUCAAUUCCUAGCACUAUUGGGAAGUUGCAGAAUUUGAUUAAUCUGUCUUUGGCAAAUAAUAGACUAGAAGGUUCUAUUCCUGUGUCUAUGGGAAGCAUGAUCAAUUUGGCAAAUCUCGAUUUGUCAUACAACAACCUCUCUGGUUCAAUUCCAAAGUCUUUAGAAGAACUUCAACACCUCGACUACUUUAAUGUCUCUUUCAAUAGUUUAAGUGGAGAAAUUCCUAAUGAAGGUUCUUUUAGAAACUUCACUACGGAUUGUUUUAAGGGUAAUGAGGCAUUGUGUGGAAUCCCCAAGUUCCAUGUCCAAAUUUGCUCUUCAAUUUCUAAUCACAGAUCAAAGAGAAAGAAGGUGGAACGAGCUUCAUUUAUUGUUUUCGGGGUUGUGGCUUUCAUCUCAGUUGUUUCUUUGGCCUUUAUAAUUGUAAGAAACAAAAGGAAAGAUAAGACGACUAGAAGAGAAGUUGAUGAGCUGAAAUCCAUUGUGCCGGAAAGAAUCUCUUAUUAUGAACUGCUGCAAGCAACACAAAGAUUCAAUGAAAGCAAUUUACUUGGCACCGGGAGUUCUUGCUCUGUUUAUAAGGGAAUUCUUAACAAUGGGAAGGAUAUCGUUGUCAAGGUGUUUAAUAUGCAUCUAGAAGGUAUUUCGAGAAUAUUUGAUGUCGAAUGUGAGAUACUACGUAGCAUUCGACACAGGAAUCUGACAAGCGUCAUAAGCAGUUGCUCCAAUGAAGAGUUCAAGGCAUUAGUACUUGAAUAUAUGCCAAAGGGAAACCUUGAAAAAUGGUUAUAUUCCCACAACUAUUACUUGAAUAUGAUGGAAAGAUUGAAUAUAAUGAUUGAUGUUGCAUCUGCUUUGGAGUAUCUUCACCACGGUUAUUCAAUGCCCAUUGUCCACAGCGACUUGAAGCCUAGUAAUGUGCUGUUAGAUGAAGACAUGGUUGCCCAUGUAAGCGACUUUGGGAUAGCAAAGUUGUUAUGCGAUGGAGAUAGCUUUGUGUUAACCAACACGCUAGCAACAUUCGGUUACAUCGCUCCAGGUGAAGUUUCUCUAAAUAUAUCGAUUGCACUUCACUUUCAAUCAAUUAAUUGUGUCUUCCUUACUGCACAUAUCAUGAUUUUUGUUGUUCCAGAGUAUGGCUUGGAAGGGCUAGUUUCAACAAGGUGUGAUGUUGAUAGAAACUUUUACGAGAAAAAGGCCUAG